AUGGCCUCAAGACCCGCUGCACGAGCUCUCCGCCAGUCUGCCAAGCAAUUGGCUGCUGCUCCCGCCGUUCAGAGGCGUACUUUCGUCUCUGCUUUGAACGCUGCUCGCGCUGGUGUUGCAGCUGCCCCCAAGGCCGCUGUCACCUCUCAGUUCCAGCAGGUUCGUGGUGUCAAGACCAUUGACUUCGCCGGCCACAAGGAGACCGUCUACGAGCGUGCCGAUUGGCCCAAGGAGAAGCUCUUGGAGUACUUCAAGGAUGACACUCUUGCCCUCAUCGGCUACGGCUCUCAGGGUCACGGCCAGGGUCUUAACCUCCGCGACAACGGCUUGAACGUCAUCGUCGGUGUGCGAAAGAACGGUGCUUCCUGGAAGGAGGCCGAGCAGGAUGGCUGGGUGCCCGGCAAGAACCUGUUCGACAUCGACGAGGCCAUUGGCAAGGCCACCAUCGUCAUGAACUUGCUCUCUGAUGCCGCACAGUCAGAGACCUGGCCCGCCAUCAAGCCCCAGUUGACUAAGGGCAAGACUCUCUACUUCUCCCACGGUUUCUCCCCUGUCUUCAAGGACCUCACCAAGGUCGAGGUCCCCACCGACAUCGACGUCAUCCUCGUCGCCCCCAAGGGCUCCGGCCGUACCGUCCGCACUCUCUUCCGUGAGGGACGUGGAAUCAACUCCUCCGUCGCCGUCUUCCAGGAUGUGACCGGCAAGGCUCAGGAGAAGGCUGUUGCCCUCGGUGUUGCCGUCGGCUCCGGUUACCUCUACGAGACCACCUUCGAGAAGGAGGUCUACUCCGACUUGUACGGUGAGCGUGGUUGCCUCAUGGGCGGUAUCCACGGUAUGUUCCUCGCUCAGUACGAGGUUCUCCGUGAGCGCGGCCACUCCCCAUCUGAGGCUUUCAACGAGACCGUUGAGGAGGCUACCCAGUCCCUCUACCCCUUGAUCGGAGGCCACGGUAUGGACUACAUGUACAACGCAUGCUCCACCACCGCUCGUCGUGGUGCCAUCGACUGGAGCAAGCGCUUCAAGGACACCCUCAAGCCCGUCUUCAACGACCUCUACGAUUCCGUUGCCAACGGAAGCGAGACCAAGCGCUCCCUCGAGUACAACUCGCAGCCCGACUACCGUGAGAAGUACAAGAAGGAGCUUGAGGAGAUUGACAACCUCGAGAUCUGGCGUGCAGGCAAGGCCGUCCGCAGCCUCCGCCCCGAGAACAAGAAAUAAACGUACUGAAAUGAAUGCAAACGAAGAUGGAACUAGUCGACAUGUAGAUAUAUUCUCUUCUUUAUCGGCAAUGG